AUGGGAUGGAAAGUUAUAGAAACAGAAGAGUACGAAAGUUCGGCACCGGCCGUACAGGCGCAUUUCCACGCCGUUCGUGCUGAAACAGCUCUACACCGAGAUGACUAUGUUCAGGCUGAAAAAGAAGGACAUUUGGCGAGUGAAAAGUUCCUGCAGGCGGCAGAGCGCGUCUCAGAUAAACGCACGAUAGAUGCUUUGAUGCUACUGGCGGAAAAUUACGAGUACAGGGCCAAGGUGGCUCGUGCCAGGAACCCCAGUCCCGUAAAGAUGACGACGGAGGUGAAGAAGACUGGGCCUCGGUAUACUGAAGACAAAAGAGAGGUGAUCAUAGAGCAGGAGCAAACGACGACUGCAGAUGGAGAUGUGGACCCAGAGGAGAGACAAAAGGCGGAGACGCAACUGCAUGUUGCGGCAGCAGAAAUGGAGGAGCUCUGGAGGCGGCUGAACGCGAUCGGAUUGUCCAGUCCUGGCUCGGCGGACAAGAAUCUAUUGAUGUCGUCACGGCAUUUGUCGUCGUCGUUGGGAGAUUCAUUUUGUUUGCUGCCAGCAAAAGCGAGGGCAACAGUUGGAGUGGUGGCAACUGCGGUGGAUGGGGGCUCGACGCUUCGAGCAGCAGUAGCAUCUAGAAUGAGGAAUCAGCGUCAACGGUUAAUGGAGCAGCAACUAGGCGGGCGAGGUCUACUAGGUCAGCGGGGGUCUGGAAGUACCCCUUUGAACGAGAAUGGAUCAACACCUGAUCGAUAUGAAGACGGACAAUGUGUUGAUGACGAAAAGUCAGCUGCUGAUGGUCAAGGAGAUUAUGAUAGAUUGCAGGAGACGGUUGUCCACCAGAAGAAGGAAAUUAUGAGACUGCUUAAUGCUGUGAAGACUCUAAGCAGCGAGAACACAAAGCUUGUGAAGAAAUGCGAGGCAUUGGCGAACGUCCAAGCUGAAAAUUGCGAAAUCCGCGACUCAAUGGAUCUUUUUAAGAAAGACUACAAUCAGAAGUUGGUGAUGAUUAAGAGGGCUCUGGAGGAAUGGCGACGCCAACGAAAUAGUGGAGCUCAAACUUCUAUACAGCCAAACAGCGCUGGAAGCGAUAGCUCGGUGUUGGAAGGUAAAAUGAAGAUGCAAGAGGCGCGGAUCGUUAAGCUGAUGGAAGAGGCAAGGGUGAAGGACGACCGCAUUGCCAAGUACGACAAGUGGUACCAGACGUUAAAAGCAGGCGCAAAGGCGAAACAGCUCAGUCAGAGUCGCGAAAGUAGCAAUGGGGCCAAUAGUUUCAACAGCUCAAACAGCUUCGUGCAAAAUAGUGAUGGUAGACUGUGCGGGCCGAGCAACUCCUUCACGAGCAGCAGCAGUUUCCACGGUCCAGGAGGGCCUCUCGAGUCCCCAGACAGCAGUUUAAGUGCGCCUCGUCAGUUCAGUCGCCCUCCUGCCCACCCGAACCGCCGAGCGCUGUGA